CCAUUAUCUCAUUAAUCAAGCAUGGGUUGGAACUUGGAACUUGGAAACCAAAACAAACAAGAAGCGGAAAAUUUUCUCCCUCGCAUCCUGUUCGAAUUUAAAAAAUAUUCCAUUUCCCGAUCUCUCUCUGUCCUCUCUAAAUUCUCUUCUAGCCAAAUCUGCAAAUAAAAAGUUUAGCGAGGGUUUCUAUUGCUCCCGUACAUCCGAAUUCGCUUGCUAUGGUCUGGUUUUGGCCUGUUACCGGAGGACGAGAUAACUGCCUACCUCUCCUAACGGCUAUCAGGAUACUCAUUGCCGCGGCGCUCUCGGCAACGAUGAACUGUUUCUUCAGCUGCUUUCGGAUUGCCCGUGGAGACGAUUCUCCUACGUCUGAUAGAUCCCACUAUCAAUCCGUCUCCAAUCAUGAAGCUGCGGUGCCAUGCAAUUGGAGUCAGUUUUCUUCAUUAUUCACCUUUGAUGAGAAAGAAAAUCAGCAUGGGGUGGAGGCCAUGGAAAAGGUGAAACAUGACAAAGUGAUUCCUGCGCAUGACCUGGAUAUUACAGAGCUCAAGGACCAGGCAAAAUUUUUCAAAGCUUGUGGGGCAUUACAGGACAUCCCUUUUGAAAUUAAAAUAUUUUCAAAGGAGUGUGAUGAUUCAUCAUCAUCUGACGCACCUUUUGGUAAUCAUAACCUGGUUUUACAGCCUCAUCAACCCGUGACUCCUUCCAAAAUUCAUGAUGAAUUUGCAGAGGGAUCAGUUUCUGCUACUGCCCUCACUCCUAUUAGUAGCUGUAUGAAUGAUGGAGAGAAGAGCAUAGAGAUUAAUGCCAAUCAAACUGAUGGUAAUAUAAAUCCAUUAGUUUCACCUGCAACUCUUCCUAGUUCAGCACGCAUCAAUAAAUCUGUUCGCUUCGAGGCUGACUCGUAUCCUUCAUUUACGGAAAAGACAUUUUCAUCCAAAUUUGGCCGCCUGAAAUCCCAUUUUUCACCCUUCCCUACCCCCUUGAAACUGACAGAUGACAUGCAAACUCCUGGCACUAUUUUCCCAGCACAGGCUAAAGGUGUGGCAAAUGGAAAAGUUUCUAAUGUCAGGUACCAAUAUGUGGUUUCUACCAUAAACCUGGCAGAUAAAGAAUCUCAAAUGAAGGAAUUGGUGGAUAAUGGGUCUACUUCCAUUCAAGGCUCUACUUCAAUGGAAAAAACCUUAAACUCAGGGAUUGACAGAGAAAUCACCACAUCAAAGAAGGAAUUGAAGUUGGAAACAAGUCAGCCUUCUUGGUGGAAACCACCUUUUAACCAAGAGGAUAAUAACCAUUUACAUUCAGGUGGAAUUGUUGGUGUUAGCGGAACUCCAGGCGAUGGCAGGCCUAUACUUGGGAUGGUUUCUGCUCACUGGUAUGAUAAUGACGCUUCAAACGUCUCACCUGAAUGGCGGGGCAGAAAUGGAAUUCCAAAUACGACUACCAAGUACAACGAGGAUCAGAAAAUUACUUGGCAUUCAACGCCUUUUGAGGAGAGAUUAGAGAAGGCACUAUAUGAUGAAACGCUUGUGUUACGGAGGAAGCAAUUAAGUGGUGGUGGACAGCCAAUCAGUUUUUUAAGCGAGAACGAAGGUUCAUGACCGAAAGCUGGCUUCAACUCAGGUUGGGGUUUUCCCUCCCUUAAAUAGCUAGGACUAGGAAGGAAGGAGGCUUCGAAUUUCGUUUGGAAUACAACAAGAGAAAAUGCAUUUUUCUUUUCGUAGUAGCUCUUUGAUACGCCCGCCUUCCUCAGUGGCAGAGCCCAACCAUGAACAGUCCAGAUUAUAACAAUUUCUAUUAAUCCCUGUAUCACGAAAGAACAAUAAAUUGUUAUCAUGGUUGAAGACUUGAAGAUGUUCACUUUUAUCUCGAUCAAUAAUCAGACUCCCUCGAGUCCCUGCUUUUAAUACUC